GGAGGAGUCGCUAUCCUUUCUAACCUUGCCAAGAGCUUGGCACAGCUGCUCACAUCCUCCUUGGACAGCGCCAGAGCUACUAAGGAGGCAAGAACAGCAUCUGAGCAACAAUGAGGUCUCCCUUGGGAUUCAUAUUCCUGCUUCUCAUCCAAGGUUGUCUUCAGUGUGCUAUAAAUGAAGACCAGAAGCCACUGGAGACCUACCUCCUGAAUAAAAUGGCCCAAUCUGCCAUGGCUCCAGAAGCUCUUCCCAACCCCAAUGUUUUGCUGGCUCUCCGUCUUGCUCAAGAUCACAGCCUGAACAUUGAGCGCAAGUUACUGAAGAGGCUAUCCGAAGAUGCAAUAGAUAGGAUGAAGAAUGGGAAAGACUUCUCUUCGGGCCAAGUGGCCCUCUAUGCCUUGGCUCACCAGGCUUCCUGCUCAAAUCCUCGAAGCGUCUCAGAUGAAUAUUUCGUGCUUGAUCUAGUGAGGCUCUUAGAACAGAAAUUUGACAUGGAGAUGACAAACAUCAACAAUAACAAUAAUCCUCUGACCAACUAUUACCAGCUUGGCUUAAGUGUCCUUGCCCUCUGCCAGCUUCAAGGCACAUUUUCACCCACACAGAUAGCAGAUCUGUUCAGCCCAGAUGAGAAGAAAUAUUACCUCUCUGGCCAGUUCUCUGUAGACACCGCAGCAUUAGCAAUCUUGGCUCAGAUCUGUGUACAGAACACCAUGGAUGAUGCUACACUGGUAAAGGAGAACAGGACAAUCUCAGCAAAUGUACAGUGGCUGCUGAAGAAAAUGUUGGAACACAAAAGUAACAGCGGCAUAAUUGGGAACAUGUACAGCACUGGGGAGGCCAUGCAGGCUUUAGUUGUAGCUGACAAAUAUCUUGCACCUGGAUCCUGGAACUGUACCCAGACUUUGGCAACGGUCCUUAGCGAGAUUCCCAAAGGCACUUUUGACAAUCCUAUGGCUGCUGCCCAACUUCUCCCAUCUCUGGGGGGGCGGACUUAUUUUGAUAUAAAUAGUUUUAACUGCUCCAAAGAUGAAGAUGAUCACUACAUCUAUUUUGCUUUCCAACAAACCAUGCCAUUUGCCUCUCAGCAUUCAAUUACGGUUAUGUAUACGGUCACCGACAGUUACAGCAACAGGUUCUCUGAAUCUACCACAGUCAUUGUCCCAGAGGGCUCAGUAUUCUUCAGAGUCAUGGAGGCUGCCCAGGAAAAAGACCCUAAGAGGUUCAGGUUCACCUAUAAGCAGGGUAAUUGGGGACCUUACAUCACCUCUGUGCAAGACCUAAGAGAGGACAGCAACAAGCGUACCUACUGGCAGCUCCUCAGUGGGAAAACUCCCUUGAGCAAAGGUGCUGGGGAAUAUGUUGUGUCUGAUGGAGAGAACUUGAUGGUUAAAUUCACAACUUACUGAUCUCCAGGAUUUAAGCAAGCC